GUGUCUCCCUCAGCUGACAUGGCAGCCGCGGUCUCUUUCCAGUAGAAUUUGGGCCCAGAGGUCCCGUCAAAUCGGAACUGCAGGUGUCUUCUCGGAGUGCUUUUGGUUGCUUCUCCCUUAUCGUGUUAGCUCGAUAGACGCUGGGCCACCAUCCACAUUCGGGUAUGUUCAACGUUCAAGUGCUGUGGGACGGGGUGAAGGCAGCCAUCGGACACGCACGCGACAUGUCGCUUGACAGGGGGCAAAGGUGACAGUUAUUACAGGAAGGUACCUUGUCGCACAUUCCCUUUAGACUUCCUCCCAUUUAAGAAAAACCAGGGGGUAAAGACGCUAUUAACUUUAACUUAGUUCCUGGCCCCCGCUUUCACGGGAACGCUAAAAGAUCUCCCGGAGCAACCCGGCUCGGCCACCCUUCCUCGGGCCCCCCAACUCUUUGCGCAUGCCUUGGAUGGCCCAGAUGAUUGGCUACUAGGACGAAAACGGCUCGGCACGGUGAUUGGUCGGCGGGAAAUUCCGUACGUUGUGAUUGGUUCGCAGGAACGGCUCGGAGCGCGCGCGGGACGGAGCUUUGAAAGUUGAGCACGGCGGAGCGGAUGAUGGUGGCGCUGCGGGACCUUGGCAGUGGCCUGCAGCCCUGGUGCCCGCUGGAUCUCAGCCUCGAAUGGGUAGACACGGUGUGGGAACUGGAUUUCACAGAGACUGAGCCUUUGGAUCCCAGUAUAGAAGCAGAGAUCAUAGAGACUGGAUUGGAUGCAUUCACAAAACUCUAUGAAAGUCUUUUCCCCUUUGCUACUGAAGAACAUGAAUCUAUACAGAGUAUUUGGACCUUCUUCACUGAGAAUAAUAUUUCCCACAGUACACUGGUGGCAUUAUUCUAUCACUUUGUUCAAAUAGUCCAUAAGAAAAACGUCAGGGUGCAAUAUCGAGAAUAUGGGCUUCAUGCUGCUGGGCUUUAUUUUUUACUACUAGAAGUGCCAGGCAGUGUAGCCAAUCAAGUAUUCCACCCAGUGAUGUUUGACAAGUGCGUUCAGACUCUAAAGAAGAGCUGGCCUCAGGAAUCUAACUUGAAUCGGAAGAGAAAGAAAGAACAGCCUAAGAGCUCUCAGGCUAAUUUGAGGGGGAACAGAAAAAGAGGAAAGCCACCCAGGAAAGAGGAUAUUGAGAUGGAUGAAAUUAUAGAAGAACAAGAAGAUGAAGAGAAUAUUUAUUUUUCUGCCCGGGACCUUUCUCAAAUUCGAGAUGCCAUCUUUUACCUUUUGAAGAAUUUUUUAAGGCUUCUGCCCAAGUUUUCCCUGAAAGAAAAGCCACAGUGUGUACAGAAUUGUAUAGAGGUCUUUGUUUCAUUAACUAAUUUUGAGCCAGUACUUCACGAAUUUCAUGUUACACAAGCCAGAAACCUUAACCAAGCAAAAUACGUACCAGAACUGGCCUAUCAUGGAUUAUAUUUGCUGUGCUCCCCAAUUCAUGGAGAAGGAGAUAAGGUUAUCAGUUGUGUUUUCCAUCAAAUGCUAAAUGUAAUAUUAAUGUUAGAAGUAGGUGAAGGAUCCCAUCGCGGCCCCCUUUCUAUUACUUCACAAGUCAUCAGUUGUAGAAACCAGGCAGUCCGGUUUAUCAGCUCACUUGUGGAUGAACUAAAGGAAAGUGUAUUCCCAGUCCUUCGCGUCUUACUGCAGCACAUCUGUGCCAAGGUGAUAGAUAAAUCAGAGUAUCGGACCUCUGCAGCCCAGUCCCUGGUCCAGCUGCUCAGUAAACUUCCUUGCAGGGAAUAUGCUACAUUCAUUGCCUGGCUUUACAGAUAUUCACGAAGUUCCAAGAUCCCACACAGGGUGUUUACUCUUGAUGUCGUCUUAGCCCUGUUAGAACUGCCUGAAAGAGAAGUGAAUGACUCUUUCUCCCUGGAGCAUCAGAAGUUCUUAAAGCAUAAGUUUUUGGUGCAGGAAAUUAUGUUUGACCGUUGUUUAGACAAGGCACCUACUGUCCGCAGCAAGGCACUGUCCAGCUUUGCACAUUGUCUGGAGUUCUCUGUUACCAAAGCAUCAGAGAGUAUACUGGAACUCCUCAUUACAAGUCCUACAGUUUCAGGAAUAGAGAGUCAGCCUAAUACCUUACUGAGAAGUUCAUCAGCUUUUUCAUAUCAAAGGCAGACACUUAACCCUUCUGAACCCUCAGGGGAGGUUAACGUGGACAACAGUGGUGAAACAGCUGGAUCUCAGGUGCGAUGUGUCAUGGCGAUGCUGAGGAAGAGGGUCAGGGACGAGAAGACCAAUGUCAGAAAGUCUGCGCUGCAGGUGUUAGUGAGUAUUUUGAAACACUGUGACAUCUCCGGAAUGAAGGAAGACCUAUCAAUUCUGCAGGACCAGUGUCGAGACCCUGCAGUAUCUGUCCGGAAGCAGGCCCUACAAUCCCUUACUGAACUACUUUUGGCCCAACCUAGAUGUGUUCAGAUCCAAAAAGCCUGGCUGACAGGGGUCAUCCCCAUCGUGAUGGACUGUGAGAGCACCGUACAGGAGAAGGCCUUGGAGUGCCUGGACCAGCUCCUGCUGCAGAACAUUAAGCAUCACAGCAAAUUUCACAGUGGGGACGGCAGCCAGGUGCUUGCGUGGGAUCUUCUUGCUCUUCUUACCACAGAAAGCCAGGAACUGAGCCGCUAUUUGAACAAGGCAUUUCAUAUCUGGUCCAUGAAAGAUAAGUUCUCUUCCGCUUUCAUAAACAAUGUGAUAUCUCACACUGGCACGGAACAUUCUGCCCCCGCCUGGAUGCUGCUCUCCAAGGUUGCCUACUCAUCACCCAGGCUGGACUACACCAAAAUAAUAGAGUCCUGGGAAAAAAUCAGCAGUCAACAGAAUCCCAAUUCAAACACCUUAGGACAUAUUCUGUGUGUUAUUGGGCAUAUUGCAAAGCAUCUUCCUAAGAGCACCCGGGACAAGGUGACUGAUGUUGUCAAGGGUAAGCUGAAUGGAUUUCAGUGGUCUCUGGAGCUGAUCAGUUCAGCUGUUGAUACUUUGCAAAGGCUUUGUAAAUCAUCUGCAGAGACACCGGUGGAGGAACAGGAAUUACUGAAGCAGGUAUGUGGGGAUGUGCUGUCCACCUGUGAGCACCGCCUCUCCAACAUCAUUCUGAAGGAGGACGGAGCAGGGAAUAUGGAUGAAGGCCUGUUGGUGAAGUACAUUUUUACCUUAGGAGAUAUAGCCCAGCUGUGUCCAGCUAGAGUGGAUAAGCGCAUCUUCCUUCUGAUUCAGUCUAUUCUGGCUGCUUCUGCUGAUAUGGAUCAUUUACCAUCAUCUCAAGGUAGCAGUGAUGCCCCAGCCUCUCAGCCACCUGCCCAGAUCAGAGGCUCUGUCAUGCCUUCUGUGAUCAGAGCACACGCCAUCAUUACCCUAGGUAAGCUAUGCUUACAGCAUGAGGAUCUUGCAAAGAGGAGCAUCCCAGCCCUUGUGCGAGAGCUUGAAGUGUGUGAGGACGUGGCUGUUCGCAACAAUGUCAUCAUUGUCAUGUGCGAUCUUUGUAUCCGGUACACUGUCAUGGUGGACAAGUACAUUCCCAAUAUCUCCAUGUGUCUCAAGGAUUCAGAUCCAUUCAUCCGAAAGCAGACACUCAUCUCGCUUACCAAUCUCUUGCAGGAAGAAUUUGUGAAAUGGAAGGGCUCUCUCUUCUUUCGGUUUGUCAGCACUCUGAUAGAUUCACAUCCAGACAUUGCCAGCUUUGGGGAGUUUUGCCUCGCUCACCUGUUACUGAAGAGGAACCCUGCCAUGUUCUUCCAGCACUUUAUUGAGUGCAUUUUCCACUUUAAUAACUAUGAGAAGCAUGAGAAGUAUAACAAGUUCCCCCAGUCAGAGAGAGAGAAACGGCUAUUUUCACUGAAAGGAAAGACAAACAAAGAGAGACGAAUGAAAAUCUACAAGUUUCUUCUAGAGCACUUCACAGAUGAACAGCGAUUCAAUAUCACUUCCAAAAUCUGCCUUAGUAUUUUGGCAUGCUUCGCUGAUGGCAUCCUACCCCUGGACGUGGACGCCAGUGAGCUACUCUCAGAUACAUUUGAGGUCCUCAGCUCAAAGGAGAUCAAGCUUUUGGCAAUGAGAUCUAAACCAGAUAAGGACCUCCUCCUAGAGGAAGAUAACAUGGCCUUGGCAAAUGUUGUCAUGCAGGAAGCCCAGAAGAAGCUCAUCUCACAGGUUCAGAAGAGGAAUUUCAUAGAAAAUAUUAUCCCAAUUAUCAUCUCCCUGAAGGCUGUGCUGGAGAAAAAUAAGAUCCCAGCAUUGCGGGAACUCAUGAACUAUCUCAGGGAGGUGAUGCAGGAUUACCGAGAUGAAGUGAAGGAUUUCUUUGCAGUUGACAGACAACUGGCAUCAGAGCUUGAAUAUGACAUGAAGAAGUACAGCGAGCAGCUGGCCCGGGAGCAGGAGCUGGCGAAGCGUGCAGACGUGGGCAGGACAGCCACUACUGUCGCUGUGGCACACGCAGCACAGGUUCCUCCAGGCUUAGAAAUGCCAGCUUCUACUGGCCAAGGAAAUCUUGCUGUGUCCCCUGUGAGCCAGCCCUCAACACCUGGGUCCAGCACUAGUGACACCCUGACUUUGCCUCCUGCCCCUGAAAGCGGGCUGCUGAAGAGCUUCCUGCCCAGAGCCAGGUCCAUGUCCCUGAGUACUAUCGCAAUCCUGAAGUCUGUCAAGAAAGCCGUGGAGUCAAGUAGCAAGCGUCGGAGUGGGAGCUUAGGAGUUCUGCCGUUCUCCUUAAGUUCUGGGAGCCCAGAAAAAACACGCAAUCAUGCAUCUUCAUACAGCUUGGAGCAAGAGUCUAAUGGAGCUAUUGACCAUGUAACUAAACGAGCAAUCAGCACUCCUGAGAAGACCAUCAAUGAUGUCACGUUUGGAGCAGGGGUCAGUUACAUAGGGACACCACGGACUCCUUUAUCAGUAAAAGAGAAAAUUGAAGCUCAAAGUCAAGGAAAUGACAUUUUAUGUUUGUCAUUGCCUGAUAAACCGCCUCCGCAGCUUCAGCAGUGGAACGUGAGGUCUCCAGCCAGGAAUAAAGACAACCCAGCCCCCAGUAGGAGGUCCCUUCGAAAGACCCCCCUGAAAACAGCCAACUAAAACAGUGCAUUCCAGCAAGUGUCCAGGAAGGCACGAGCCCCAGAGGAAACACUCAUCUGCUGCAUGUGGGGAGGCAGAAGGUGACUUCCCGAACACCUCCAGUGAUGCUUCAUUAUGUAAACCAAAGCUCUUCAGCGCUUACUGUUCACUUGUGUAGCUGACUAACCUUUCGUAUUUCUCCUUAUGACAAAUGUGGUUAAAAAAUUAUGAAAUAGAGAAAUGCCAGAUUUAGAUCUUCUUAUCCUAAAUUUAGCUAUUUAAUAUUUUAACUUUGUCCCAUCUGAGAGUGUCUUACCACUUGAC